UUCCCUGUGGCCACCUUCCUCUCGCGGGGACCCACGUCGUUUUCGGGUCAGCUAGUUGCUCUGAAACUUUUCAUUUUUUAAGGGACAUCACAGGGGACGUGGGGGACUUUUCGAGCACAAAUCUUCUGUCCCCUCUGCGGAGCUCACCUGGCCAAGCCAUGCGACCCUCGACACUGCUGCCUCUUCUUGGGCUACUGACCUGGACCCCCGGCGUGUCGUGGGCCGCUAAAGUCAUCGUCGUCCCCCCCAUUAUGUUUGAAUCCCACCUCUAUAUCUUCAAGACUUUGGCCACAGCUCUGCACCAGGAGGGCCACGACACCCAUUUCCUAGUAUCCGAGGGCCGCGACGUGCCAUCGUCUCCGCACUACACUCUACAGCGAUACCCAGGGAUCUUUAACAGCACCACCGCUGACAACUUCCUCCAGUCAAAAGUCAGCAACAUCUUCUCAGGACGCCUGACGUUUUUGGAACUCUUUGACAUUCUUGACCAUUACUCUCAGAACUGCGACGCUGUGGUCGGCAGCACUGAGGUCAUGACGCGCCUCAAGGAAGCCAAGUUCGACCUCUUGUUAGUAGACCCCAAUGAAAUGUGCGGCUUUGUGAUUGCCCACAUCCUGGGUGUCAAAUAUGCCGUCUUCAGCACAGGUCUGUGGUACCCUGCUGAGGUCGGGGCCCCUGCGCCGCUGUCCUACGUUCCCGAGUUCAACUCCUUGCUCACAGACCGCAUGUCUUUGUUCCAGAGGAUCACAAACACAGCCGUUUACCUGGUGCAGCGCUUUGGAGUGCAUUAUAUUGCGUUGCCCAAAUAUGACCGGAUUAUGAAAAAGUAUGGAGUGACGCCUCAAGUGGCCAUGGCUGACCUGGUACAGGGCAGUCGGAUGUGGAUGCUUUGCACGGACAUGGCUCUGGAGUUCCCCCGGCCCACACUUCCGCAUGUAGUCUACAUCGGAGGGAUCCUCACCAAACCGCCCAACCCACUGCCCAAGGAUUUCGAAGCCUGGGUCAAUGACACAGCAGAACAUGGCUUCAUUGUCGUCUCGUUCGGAGCCGGCGUGAAGUAUCUCUCCCACGACAUCGCGCAUAAGCUCGCCGGGGCUUUCGCCAGGCUUCCCCAAAGGGUCAUAUGGAGGUUCUCAGGAGAGCCGCCCAGUAACCUUGGAAACAACACCAAGCUCGUGGACUGGAUGCCUCAGAAUGACCUGUUAGGUCACGUCAACACCAGGGCUUUCCUUAGCCACGGUGGUCUGAACAGCAUCUAUGAAGCCAUGUAUCACGGGGUGCCGGUGGUCGGGGUCCCCCUCUUCGGUGACCACUAUGACACCAUGACCCGCGUCGCAGCCAAAGGGAUGGGAAUAAUGCUUCACUGGAAGACCAUGACUGAGGACGACCUCUACACUGCUCUCACCUCUGUGAUUAAAGACUCCAGGUACCGCCAGCAAGCCACACUUCUCUCCAACAUUCACAAAGACCAGCCGGGCCACCCGGUCACCCGGGCCGUCUACUGGAUCAGCUACCUCCUCCGUCACAAUGGUGCCAAUCACCUUCGCUCUGCUGUAUAUGAGGUGUCGCCCUACCAGUACUUCCUGCUGGAUGUGGUGGUCACCGUCGGGGCGCUCGUCGCUGUGACGCUCUUCUCCCUCAGACAUUUGUCACGACUGUUGAGGGCGAAGUUGAGCGAGAAGCGCGUGGAGAACGGCACAAGCCGGGAUGAGGGUAGCAUAAUCAACGGACAUUGCCAUCGCGAGAGCUUGGUCAAUGGAGACCACAAGCGCAACGGCUCCUUAAAAAGCGAGAAGAAGAUCAACUGAUCCGCCAAGACACCCGCAAACAGGAUAGGGAAGCGUAAUGGAUGCUCCGGGGCGUAUUUAACGGACACUCUAACAGCACAUGGAAUACCAAAAUAUGAAGGCCAACCUCGUAUCUUUAGGAGGCAAAUCAACACCAGAAUGAAGUACAACACACCGCUACACAAGAUGAAUUGUACAUAGGAGCAAAUCUAUUUAUUUCUGUAUAAAUGGACCUGUAUGUGUCUUAUUUUAAUUUAUUUGACAGGUAGCUGUUCUGGUUGUGUUGUGGUGGAUUUGCACUCCCGCUGAGCUACCAUCCGCACGCCUUAUUUCCAAAAACAGGCUUCUAUCAUUUCAUCAGUAGAACCGCAGUAUUUGCAGUCAUUUUACCAUUGUUUUGACACUUCCCUUUUCACCGUGCUGUGCAGUAGAACAAACAGAACAUCCAGUCCAAUCUAUUUUUUCAGUUUUAUUUUAUAUGACCUUUCUUUUUGUUUAUGACUGAGAACUUUGCAGGAGAAGACAGUAACAUAUAUAUAUAUAUAUAUAUAUAUAUAUAUAUAUAUAUAUAUAUAUAUAUAUAUACAUACAGGUAGAGGUUCAGAAAGAGCAUGUCAGCUUUCAUGCACACACAGCAUGUUUGUGCAGGUUGUUGGUUGUGAUUGUGUUGCUAAGCAGUGCGUCAACAGGAAUCACAGUAUUAGAUUAAUCAUUAGCUUUUUCUUUUGAAAUACUUCUCAUUCAUUCUUUUCCGUGGAAACAGGAACAAACCAAGCCCUACCUUUUAAAACUGAAAGGUUAUGAAGAAUGGAUGAACGCGUGGAACGCACCGUUUCCCUUUAAAAAAAAAACACAUUUUUAUUGAUAUUCACCUGUUAAAGUCAGUGGAAAGUAUAACCAAAGUAAAACGUUCAGCAAUGCGUGUUUUUAACUGUGUAUGAAGUGUAUCUUUUUCACGUUAAUCGGGAAAAGGCAGGAAGGUGAAUGAGAUAAAGGAAAUGGUCACAACCAACUUUCACAACAGCCAAAAAUAUCUGUCCUCGAAACCCAAUAUUUAGAUUGAAGUACAGGUGAAUUAUUGACGGAUGUUGCUGGCAGACAUUUCAGACCGAACAUCUUGUUGUGUUACCAGACCAGACCACCAUGGUUUUCUUCUUUUAUUUUCUUCUCAAAGCUGUCUAAAUCCCCUUAUUUCUUUUUAUUUCCGUUGUCAUGCUCUCCACCAAACAUGGGUAACUUUGUUCUUUUCCUCUCUCUGUGAGCUGCGAUGUCACCGGUGCCGCCGGAACCCGACCCGGAACGCUCAUACUUGAAUUAUCAGUUUGGGUUUCAGAGCCAGCAGGUGCAACAUUAUGCUAUGAACAGAGUCCGGAACGGUCAACGUAAUAUAACAUUUUUAUUAUCAAUAUUUCAGUAUUAAUGUUAUAACCAGCGGCGUUUAAUAUUCAUGUCUUUCAAACCUUUUAUUGUACUUUCUUGUUUUGAUCUGCUUAAAUGUCUUUGUACUCAAUCUAAUAUUCAUUGUUUAUUCCCCUUUAAUACGUUUUUUUUGUUUCAUUCUUUGUCGUUUUUGAAAUGUCCCUAGACGUUUCACUGGCUCCUUUUGGUUCUGUUUUUGUCUGUCACGUGUGUCCACAUUGUAAAUACUAAAUGUAAACACUAAUGGUGAAUAAAUUUACAUCUUUG